AGAAGCAAACGUACCAGCAGCACUAGCACCUCAUUAAAGUGAUCACUGUAGCACGACGACUCUCGCUCUCUCUCUCUCUAGAGAGAGAGAGAGAGGAAGAGAGAGAGGGUCAUGGUAUGGUAGCUGUAUAAAUCAGGGCAAGUGUGGUUUGCUCCCCCGGUGGUGGACUGGUGGCCUGCCCUCACAAGUCGCAACCGGCCGAUGGCAGAGCGAUCAAAAGUGGAAGCUAGCAAGCAAGAAAAGGAAACGCCUACUCCUCCACGAACCUCCUCUCGCACGUCUAGCUACCUCCAUCCAUCUCUCUAGAUUCUAGUCGCUCUUCAGCUACCAUAGCUUGAAAUCGAGUGCAGCUCCUCCCAGCAGCAUGCAGUGAACCCAUCUUGAUCAUCACUGAUAAGAAGUGAAGGAAGCCAAGCAAGCUGCUCGCUCAUAUCUACAAGGGGCACAACACAACGCAGCAAGCUUCCACUGCUAGCUGGUUCAUCAAGAGAAGGCGUGUGGAGCUGCUGGUUCAUCGGCCGGCUGCGGCUGCAAUGGAGGAGCAGCUCAGCCCUCUGGCCGUGACGCACCUGCUGCAGCACACGCUGCGCAGCCUCUGCGCCCACGACGACGCGCAGUGGGUGUACGCCGUCUUCUGGCGGAUCCUCCCCAGGAACUACCCGCCCCCCAAAUGGGAUCUCCAGGGCGGCUUCUAUGACCGGACCAGAGGGAACAGGAGGAACUGGAUCCUGGCAUGGGAGGAUGGGUUCUGCAACUUCGCGGCGUCUGGCGGUGACCACGAGGGCGCAGCUGCUCCUGCCGCCGCCGCCGCCUACACGGAGUGUGCCGCCGGGCAGGGGGCCAAGCAGCAGCAGGGCCUGCAGCCGGAGCUCUUCUUCAAGAUGUCCCAUGACAUCUACAACUACGGAGAAGGGUUGAUAGGGAAAGUGGCAGCCGACCACAGCCACAAGUGGGUGUUCCAGGAGGCCCAGCCGCAGGAGCACGAGAUCAACCUCAUCUCCUCAUGGAGCAACCCUGCCGAUUCUCAUCCGAGGACAUGGGAGGCUCAGUUCCAGUCUGGUAUCAAGACCAUUGCACUGAUCGCCGUCAGAGAAGGCGUCGUGCAGCUCGGCUCCAUGAGGAAGGUGGCGGAGGACCUGAGCUACGUGGUGAUGCUGCGCCGGAAGUUCGGGUACCUGGAGAGCAUCCCGGGGGUGCUGCUGCCGCACCCGUCGUCCGCCGCGUUCCCGGCGGACGGGUGCGUCGGCGGCGGCCCCGCGGAAGCGGCAUGCGGUUGGGCGCCAGGCCUCGUAGUGCCGCAGAUGGACCUCUGCUAUGACCCCUACGGCCAGGCCACCGCCGCGGCGGCUGCGGCGCAGAUGCACAUCGUGCCGUCGAUGAGCAGCCUGGAGGCACUGCUUUCGAAGCUGCCCUCCGUCGACCCCGCAGCGCCGCCCGGCGGCAUGGCCAAGGACGAGGCGGACCGCGGCGAGUGCCACGGUGCGGUCGACGUCGCCACGGGGAGCGGCGGCGAGAGCACCAGCAGCGUUGCCGCCGCCACAGCGUCCUACUACGUCAACGUUGCCAGCAGCAAUCCCGGCGAGGGCUUCUAGUCCGUCCCCGUCUCCGUCCGUCCAUCCCAAGUCGGCGCGUGCAUGCGCCGGCCGGUCAGCUAGCUAGCUGCGCGUAGGCGUCAUGGCAGGCGCCGUGGUAGUUAGUUGCGGUGUCCCUUUUCCGGGGAGGCGCGCCGCAUCGCAUGAUUGCUCUACGCGGAGCCAAUCAUGCGCCGUGCUGUACGUGUCCCCGGAGUAGCCGUGCCGUACCUCGACGUACGCACGUACGUGUGCCCGGUCGAACGAUCGAUCGAUCAGACAGGGAUAUUGAAUGUGUGCGUGUACGUGUUUUGUGAUGCAGUGCUAGCAUCACCUAAUUGAAGACAUGCAUGGCAUGCUGCACCACUGA